CUUGAAUCGGAGCAAAACAGCAGCUCCACCGAGAACUUUCCCGUGUGUCGAGUCCGCCCCGGCAAAUGACGAAGUUCGUCCGCAUCUUUCCCCAGCUUCUGUUUCGUCACAUGCUGGUUGCUUGUUGUUGUUAGCAGCAGCAGCCUCCUUCGUCCCUUCGUCCCAACCACCCGACCACCACAUACCUUACUCCACGGCCGAUCAACCCACCGACCGACGAACGAACGGACAAUGGCGGCCAGCGGGAGCAUAUUCCAGUGCCUCCUGCGCACGUCGCAGCAGAGCUUAGGAAAGAGGGCAGCUCAAGCUCAGAUCAUCAUCUCAAGACAAACAGCAACAGCUCAAGCAGCAGCUGCGCCGCGAUUCACGACAGCUAGACUCAGCAGCAAGGCUACUACUCCCCGCCGCCAAUUCACCACCUCGUCCAGGCGCCGACAGACUCAACAACCCGGCGAUGACCCGAACUUUACUUCCAUCCUCGAUAACCCUCCCGAGCUCGUCCGGACUGGCAAGAGACAUGGCAAGGGGUUGAUUAUUCUGGCCAUCAUCCCCAUCACCGCCCUCUUCCUCGGCACCUGGCAAGUCUACCGACUAAAAUGGAAGACGGACCUAAUCGCCAAAUCCGAAGACCGCAUCAUCCGGCCCCCUUUGCCUCUCCCGCCCCGCGUCGACCCAGACGCCAUCGCCGACUUCGACUUCCGCCGCGUCUACGCCGAGGGCGUCUACCGACACGACCAAGAGAUGUUGAUCGGCCCGCGCAUGCGCGACGGCGAGCAAGGGUAUAUGGUCGUCACCCCGCUUGAGAGGGGCGAUGAUCCGAGCACCAAGGUGCUGGUCAACAGGGGGUGGGUAAGCAAGAAGUUUGCGGACCAGAGGAGCAGGCCGGAUUCCGUCAAGCAGGGCGAAAAGGUCCGUGUGGAGGGCAUGCUGAGAGAGCCGUGGAAGAAGAACAUGUUUACGCCGGAUAAUAGGCCGGAUAUUGGCGAGUUUUAUUUCCCGGAUGUGAAGCAGAUGGCCGAGUUGACUGGCAGUCAGCCGGUGUGGAUUGAGCAGACUCUUGUCCCCGAUAUCAUCACUUACUACGACUACGAGGCUCGUGGUAUUCCCAUCGGUAGAGUCGCCGAGGUCAACCUUCGCAACAACCAUGCGCAGUACAUCUUUACAUGGUACGGUCUCGCUGCUGCCACCUCCAUCAUGUUCUGGCUCGUGGUCAAGAAGCCCGCGAACCAAAUUACCAAGCGCGUUCGCAUGAACAAGAGCUGGUAAACAUGAUGUUAUGAGUGGGUAAGGAUGGUUUUGCUUUGUUACACAUCAGUGGGUAACAAACAUUCUCACGUCACCUCUUCAUCCUCGCCUCCAGCCCCGGCCCGGCUAGAAGAGGCAGCCUUUCGGCGCUUCUUGGCCGGAACAGGUGGCGUCAUUCUCAGUUCCUGGAGGAGCUC